ACAGCCGUUUAGAUCAGCUAGUGUUUGACUGACUCUCUGGCUGGAUGCACUGACAGCCAGUCCUGCUGCAUCGUCAGCUAUCCUUCAGUUUCUGCAGUGGCCCGGGAUCGGUCCUUAGUGAUUUCACUGCCUUGACUCACCACAUAAAUCUUUUACAGCGGGAAUCCACUUAAAGCUUUUGGAGUUUUCUUGUGAACCGUCAAGCAGGACUAGAGACAUAUUUCAAGCCAGGACAGGAUACUGAACAGGGACCAAAAGGGAAUCAGGUGGGACCCACAAGUGACUCGCGACCCUCUGGUUUGGGAAUCAUUCAUUGACUGGACGUAAGGCAGGACCUUGGGCCACCAGGCCUGUCUCUUCUCUCCUCUCUUUCCUUCAGCCUGUGGAGUAACUGGGCCUCAGGAUGGAGUGCAUAAAGCACAUUAUAAAGAGCAUGGUCUCUGUGAAGGUUUGGGCAUACAUCAAGGGCUACUGUAAACGCAAUGGGUUGCUGACGCUCUCGGUCAUCGCCGUGGUUUCUGGCUGUGUGCUCGGCUUCUCCCUCCGCAGCUUCAACCUCUCCACGCAGGCUAAGAUCUACUUCUCGUUCCCUGGAGAACUGCUGAUGAGGAUGUUGAAGAUGCUGAUCCUGCCUCUCAUCACAUCCAGUCUGAUGUCGGGGCUGUCAGCCAUGGACACUAAGGCCAGCGGGCGGCUGGGGGUGCUAACCAUCACUUACUACCUGUGGACCACCUUCAUCGCUGUCAUCGUCGGCAUCAUCCUGGUGCUGGUCAUCCACCCUGGUACGGGCACAGAGAAGGACGGGCACAGAGCAGGGUCAGGGCCCGUUAUGACUUCUGCUGAUGCUCUGCUGGACCUCAUCAGGAACAUGAUUCCCUCCAAUCUGAUAGAGGCAACUUUUCAACAGUACCGUACAGACCUGGUGCCCAUAGUAGCCUCCAGUUUGGUGGAGUCCCAGGCCAACUACGUCUACGUGAUGCCCGACCACAACAACCCUCAGCUGGGCCACCCGGUCUUCCUGGAGAUCACCCCAGCUCCAGACAUCAAGUACAAGAUUGUCCCUGGCCACAGCUCUGGCAUGAACGUACUGGGGAUUGUCAUUUUCUCUGCUACUAUGGGCCUGCUCCUGGGGAAGAUGGGCGAGAGAGGCGCUCCAUUGGUCAAUGUGUGUCAGUGUGUCAACGAGUGUGUUAUGAAGAUCAUCAAUGCUGCCAUGUGGUAUUUCCCUUUCGGCAUUGUGUUCCUGGUAGCAGGGAAGAUCCUGGACAUGCAUGACCCCGCCCACCUGGGAGAGAAGCUGGGGAUGUACUUCAUCACAGUGUUAGCCGGCCUGUUUGUCCACGGACUCAUCCUGCUGCCGCUCUUCUACUUUGUAAUCACACGCAAAAACCCCUUCACCUACAUCAGAGGCCUGCUACAGGCUCUGGUCAUCGCCCUGGCAACCUCCUCCAGUUCUGCCACCCUGCCCAUCACCAUGAAGUGUCUGUUGGAGAACUGUGGAGUGGACAGACAGAUCGCCAGGUUUGUCCUUCCAGUCGGAGCCACCAUCAACAUGGACGGGACAGCCCUCUACGAGGCCGUGGCAGCCAUUUUUAUCGCUCAGGUCAACGAGUACGAACUGGACUUUGGUCAGCUGGUCACCAUCAGUAUCACAGCAACAGCGGCCAGUAUCGGGGCUGCUGGGAUUCCGCAGGCGGGCCUGGUUACCAUGGUGAUCGUCUUGACCUCUGUGGGGCUGCCGCCCGCUGACAUCACACUGAUCGUGGCCAUCGACUGGGUCCUGUAAGUGUCUGACCGUGAGAGUGUUUGUGGACUGGGUCCUGUAAGUGUCUGACCGUGAGAGUGUUUGUGGACUGGGUCCUGUAAGUGUCUGACCGUGAGAGUGUUUGUGGACUGGGUCCUGUAAGUGUCUGACCGUGAGAGUGUUUGUGGACUGGGUCCUGUAAGUGUCUGACCGUGAGAGUGUUUGUGGACUGGGUCCUGUAAGUGUCUGACCGUGAGAGUGUUUGUGGACUGGGUCCUGUAAGUGUCUGACCGUGAGAGUGUUUGUGGACUGGGUCCUGUAAGUGUCUGACCGUGAGAGUGUUUGUGGACUGGGUCCUGUAAGUG